UGUGGCACGACUAGCAACCCUUGCCGGUGCAAGGUGUUCGGCCCAACACUUGGGUUCCUGGCGUUUGUGGCGACGGCGAUUGUGGAGUGGCCGGUGGGUGCUCUGGUGUACUGCUUUCGCCGGACGAAGGGUCGCCGCCUCAUGGCUCAUCCGGCCACCGUGGUUUAUCCGUCCGUUGCUAGUGCAAUUCCCAUUUGA